AUGUUUCUGGAUAUUCACCAGUUUAAAACAAUCUGCCUGCUGCUACUUCUACCAAUUUUCACACAGUGUGAAGAAGGUAUUUAUGGAACCUUUUUUCCUACGGUUCCAAAGAAAAUCAACAAAACUACUUUUCCAGUCAAUCUAAGGUUUGCAGCUAACUCGGACGUCAUUCUUUUAAAAUGUCCUGGUUCUUUAUACAAACAUCAAAAUAGUAUGGAUAAAUUCACUGAAAAUAAAAAACUGGGAGAUUGGAGCGUUAUGCCUUCAAACCAAGAUAUUUUAUUCAAUUGGAUACUAUCAAUAUAUAAUGCUUCAGGACCUCAGCAUAUUCAGUGUGGUGAUAUUGGAAUAAAGCGCAGUGAUGGAAGCCAAAUGCCCUAUGAAUGGAAGUUUAAUUUCAAUUGGCAACCCGGACCAAAUCCUUAUGUAAUGGCAAAACGAGAGAAGAUAAUAAACCAACUUCCAAUUACCAGUAUAUGUGGAAAUGAUCAAAAAAAAAUUUUAAAAUUUACAAGAGACAAGGAAGGCAAAUUAUUUAAACUCAUAUUAGUUAAUGGAGCGUUGAAGACGUCGGAUGAGUUGCCGCAUGUGAACAAACUCUACUAUUUGUUUACAAUACCUAAAGAUACUUAUAAAAAGGAGAUUGCAGAGCCUUGCAUGAUCUUUAGAGCUGUCAAUGACAUACCAGAAAUAAUAGUACAAGGUUACAAUUCUACCCAAAAAUCGCUCAACGGUAUAGACAUUGAUGUCAUUAAAUUCGACUAUUUGGAAACGUCUCUUGAAAUUCAACUUCUUUUACAAAAUCAACCAAAUUUAAAAGAUUUUUAUAAGAACGAAGAAAUUUUAAUUAGCAAGGUUAUAUUCACAAAGGAUGGAGCUAAGGAAGUACCAAAAUCUAACAAAACUACCAAGGGAAAAUUCUCAUUAAAUGGAUAUGAGCUUUUAAAAUUUUCUUAUGAUUGCCCAUCGACUGAAGACGACCACAAGAUAACGAAGAUCUUCUAUUUCGCACCACCACAAGAAAACUUUAAAUUUCCAUUGGAGUAUAUUCUCUACGCAUCAAAUGAGACGGUGGUCAGACCAAAUUGCUCAAUCAAUAGAUUCAGUUUUGGAUACCUUUAUUCAGUUGAUUAUAUUAACAAAAAGAUAGUUAAUCUAACUGAGUUGAAUGCUAAUGGAGUAGAAAACAAUGGUUUGUAUCGCUCUGGUGAUUUUGUCUUUACAACAGAUGUUUCGAAUUUCAAUACAACUUUAAAAUGCCUUUACAAAACACCUAAUGGAGAAGUCACUUUAAUUCACUCGUUUUUACAUAGUGACAAAGCAAGUUUUGGAAUAGAUAAAAAUGGAAAAAGAUAUUUAAAUGUGGAUGAAGAUAAAGUAACUAUAAAUAAAAUUCAAAAAUCACGAUUUGAAAAAUUUAAAGAAACAUUUGGAACUACUGGUGCAAUUUUUAUUAUUGUUGGAAGUAUUAUUAUUGGUAUCUUAAUUUUUGUUGGCAUCAGUGUAUUAAUAUUUCUUAAGGCAAUAAAAUUACAUAUUAGAAGAAAGAAAUUAGCAUCUAUAUAUCCCAAUAUAUUUGCAUUGUGGAAAGAAUUAUCAAAUGCAAAAUUGGAAGAGUACUGUAAAAUAGUUCAAGACAAAGAAUAUAUUCCGGAUAAAUUAAAAAAUCAAUCGUCUUCAAUGAAAAUAGAAAAUGAUGAGGAGAUUGAUUUCGAUACAGGUUCUCUUUUUGAUUCAUCUUUGGUCAAAUGUUUUAAAUCAAUCUUUGGAGAAAUAAGAGCUCAUUACAUUGAUGAUGUCUCACCGGAAAGAAAAUAUAUAAUUUCUGAUGGACCAGCACCUGAAAAUGUAAAAUAUUUUUGGGAGUUACUUUACAAAGAGGAUGUCGCAGUUGUUAUUUCAAUGAUUUAUCAAGAUAGUGAUGAAGACCCAGAAACAAGUAAUAAAUUGUUAUAUUGGCCAGAAACAAACCAGACUUAUGGAAAUGUUACUGUUAAAUAUUUGGAAGAACUCCCAACAAAUCUUAUAUCUGUUAAAGUUUUAAAAUUUAGCAUGACUAUGAAAGGAGAAAAACCAAAGGAAGUAACACUUUUUCAUGUUAGUUAUUGGAAAGAACAUGCAAUACCAAGUACGGAUCUACACUUCACCAACUUAUAUUCAGAGUUUUCUGAAUGUGCUGGAAAUGGGAAUGUUCUCGUUCAUGCUUCACGUAGUGCUGGAUCACGUGUAUUCAUAUUUACAUAUUUUUGUUGUAUUUUGGAAACAAUGCAAGCUGAUGCUUCAAUUUAUAGUCCAAUGAAGAUUAUAAAAGAAAUUCGUGAAAAGCGUUAUGGUGGUAACAUCUCUUCUAUGGAAUAUGCUUACUUAUUGAAAGCAUUACUAGCAUAUUUCUUUGAGAACAAAAUGUUAAUUGAUGAAAAUAAUCUGAGGAUAAAAUUUACUGAUGAAUAUGACCGUUAUCUUUACAAGUUAGAUGUUUGUAAAGGUAACAUGGAUAAAAGAUUCAAGCGUUUUUUACAAUUUAUUAGUGUUCUUGAUGAUGGAAAAUUAAGAGAACUUUGUGUUCAAUUUGUUAAAAUAGGUGUAAUGAAUAAUAAAGAACUUUUAAAAAACUGUCAACGUUUUUAUAUUGCUAAAGAAAGUUCUCAACGAAAAAAUCGUUUUAACGAUCUACCAUGUCUUGAUAAAACGUCAGUUAACAUUAACGGAUAUGAUUCUAAAGAUAUUCGUGGUUAUAUACAUGCUAAUCAAAUGAUUUAUAAGUAUGGUGAUGAAAAAGAAAGAAAAAUUAUUAUGUGUCAGGCACCAAUACCAACAACAGUUGAUGAUAUGUAUGACAUGAUUUUUAGAUACAAGAUCGGAAUCAUUGUCAUACUUGUUAAUGUAAAGGAAAUAAAGGAGAAAAAUAAGUGUUUUCCUUAUUUUCCUACAGAUGCUAAGGAAAUGAAAGGAGGUAAAUACACUGUCAUGUAUAUUGAUAAAAAAGUGGAUGAUUUAAAUCAUAUUAUUGAAUAUGAUUAUACAAUUUAUAAUGACAAAAAUGUAAGAAGUAAUUUUAAAAUUCUUCAUUAUACUAAUUGGCCUGAUAAGAGCAUACCUAAUGAAAGUAAAACUAUUCAUGAACUGUACAAAAGAAUUGUAAAUCUUGACAAUAAUUGUCAAAUAGCAAUUCAUUGUAGUACAGGAAUAGGAAGAACCGGAACAUUAGCAUUAGCUAUUUACAUGAUUGAUAUGAUCAAUUCAUGUAAAGCUUUUGAUCCAAUAAAGUUUUUAGAAACUCUUAGGUCACACCGCUAUAAAGCAGUUCAAAAUAAGAUGCAAUUUAUCUUUUCAUUAUCAAUUGUUUAUGAACAUUUUAAAAAUAAGAUAGAUGAAAUGGAUCCUGAUGCUUACAAAAAUUUUACAACAAUAUCAAAAAAUAUCUUUCGCCACAAUAAAGAAUAUAAAGGAUAA